AUGAGCGCGAAACAUUCACCGAAAAUGAAAGAAGCCUCAGGAAAGAGAAAACUAUCGAUACAUGAUUUGUUCUUUCGUGCCAUAUUUGUGACGCAUGCACGUCACUGGACUAUCCAUGAAUUAGCCAACUUAUGCGUUCUUGAAUCAACUUCAGAUAGCUUUAAGGCAAAGACAUUAGUAUCUGUACAGCGAUUUGUUAGCAGACUAUCUGAAGCUGGCUUGAUACAAGUCGCGAACAUGCGAACCGACGACGAAGGUCGUGAAGUCGCUCUACUCUGCUCUUCAAGAAAUUAUACCGAGAUUAGUCACAAUUGCUUGACGGUUGGCUCUAUAGAAGAGACUAACCAACAUCGAGCGUUCAUAGAAUGUACUUCAAGCAAACGUCUCAAUUUGGCCUCAAAACGUUGCGCACCAUCAAACAAGAGACCAAACCGCGAAUUGUCAUCUAUAAUUUCUGAUACGCAACCUUGUCCUUCGCCCUAUCGAAAACCCUAUCAUGCUUUGGCUGCGCGUCGGUUAACGAGCCCUCGGUCGAACGCAUCAAAAGCUGCGCAAAAGCCUGCAAGGUUCGCAGAAUCCAUUGCAAGGUACCCAGAGCUGACCGACUUACUCGAACGCAAGAAUAGUCUCGAAACCGAGAUUGCUAAAAUCGAAGACGGAAUCAGGCGAGCAAAGAUGGCGCUUAACUACCACAAACAGGACAAAGACGGUGUCAUUCAAGCACUCAUUAUUAAAUGGCGAAACGCAAGCCAGGAAGCUGCAGAAUUCCUUUUUAAUAACAUGAAAGAGCGAAUGUCGAUACUAGAACGAUCGGGCCAUACGUCAUGGUUUGUAGAAAAUCAUUAUAACUGGGACGAGAAAAACUCACCAUUAUCUUACUCAGAUGAAGAUGAUACGGAUGAAUCGGUCAAACACGAAAACUUUGCAAAUGACAUGUCGAUGAAAUCAAUGUUAUCUCGGAUGGGUGUUGACAUUGCAAUUAUCAAGUGGAAUGAUGAAGACGAGUGCUUCGAAGACUGA